AGGAGGUGAAGGAAACGCAGGAAUCUCAAUGAUGGAGCAUUUUUAAGAGAAAACGACGAGCUCCCCCGUCGUAAAGUAACCGAACGGAGUGAUCUACAUGACCAAAGAAACAAGACCGGCAACGAGAAACGCAAGCGUAACAAUCAUGCAAUUUAAAUACAGACGAAUUUAAGCUUCAAGGUUACACCGCCUGAAGACGCACCAACAUCCCCCCCUUGUCGCAGAUCAGCUGGUCGGUUGAUCUUUACCGGUACCGAGAAUGUCCGUGGAGGAGCAGGGCUACCCCGCUAUGCUGCUGCUGGAGGCCGCUCCGGAGUGGAUGCGCACCGAGAUCGAGCGCCUGACCCGGGAGCUGAGCGAGACCACGAACGAGAAGAUCCAGGCGGCGGAGUACGGACUGGUGGUGCUGGAGGAGAAGCAGCAGCUCAAACAGCAGUACGAUGACCUGGAGAUGGAGUACGAGGCCGUCCGGCAGGAGGUGGACCAGCUGAAAGAGGCCUUUGGACAAGCCUACUCCAACCACAGGAAGGUGGCAGCGGAUGGGGAGAGCCGUGAGGAGUCUCUGAUCCAGGAGUCUGCCUGUAAGGAGGCCUACUACGAGCAGAGGGUCCUGGAGCUGCAGAACGAUCUCCGCCAGGCACGCAACAUCCUCACCAACACCCAGUCUGAGAACGAACGCCUCAACACCAUCUCCCAGGACAUGAGAGAGAGCAGCCAGAUGGUGGAGCUUCAGAGGAACCAGCUGCGUGAUGACAUCAAGGAGUACAAGUUCCGGGAGGCUCGUCUGCUGCAGGACUACAGCGAGCUGGAGGAGGAGAACAUCUCGCUGCAGAAGCAGGUCUCCGUGCUCAAACAGAGCCAGGUGGAAUUUGAGGGUUUGAAGCACGAGAUCCGUCGUCUAGAGGAAGACACUCAGUUCCUAAACAGCCAGCUGGAGGAUGCUAUACGCCUGAAAGAGAUCUCAGAGCGCCAGCUGAGUGAAGCUCUGGAGACCAUCAAGACGGAGCGGGAGCUGAAGGCGUCCCUGAGGAAAGAGCUCUCCCACUACAUGAACAUCGGAGACACUCUUUGUCACAGCCCUCUCAGCAUUUCUUUGGAUGGUCUCAAGUUCAGCGACGACGCCUCCACUGAGCCCAACAACGACGAGGCUCUCCACGGAUACGAGAACGGCUUCACCAAACUGGCCAACGCCAUCACCUACGACAACCGCAUCUCCACCCCCAAGAAGGAAGAUCUCUUCCAUCCGGCGCCGAGCCUCGUCGACGACCUGCUGAGCGAACUGAACAUCUCAGAGAUCCAGAAGCUCAAACAGCAGCUGAUGCAGAUGGAGCGUGAGAAGGUGAACCUGCUGUCCACCCUGCAGGACUCCCAGAAACAGCUGGAGCAGGCGAACGGCGCUCUGUCCGAGCAUCAGGAGAAGGUCAACCGCCUCACGGAGAACCUCAACGCCAUCCGCAAGCUCCAGGCCAGCAAGGAGCGCCAGUCUGCCUUGGACAACGAGAAAGAACGUGAUAGCCACGAAGAUGGAGACUACUACGAGGUGGACAUCAACGGACCUGAGAUUCUGGAGUGCAAGUACAAGGUUGCCGUGUCUGAAGCAGGGGAGCUGAAGGAGGAACUGAAGACUCUGAAGACAGAAUAUCAGGCCUGUCAGUCCCGUUACGAAGAGGAGCGCACCCGCCUGGAGAUCGACGUCACAACGCUGGGCGGGAAGCUGGCGACUCUGGAAAAGGCGUGUUACUCAGAGAGAGAAGAGAAGGCUAAGCUAGAGAAGGAGCUGCGCAAGUUGAGCGAUGUGGCCGGUGAGUCCCAGGGAAGUCUCAGCGUGGCGCAGGACGAGCUGGUCACCUUCAGCGAGGAGCUGGCCACUCUCUACAACCACGUGUGCAUGUGCAACAACGAGACGCCCAACCGCGUCAUGCUCGACUUCUACAAGGAGGGUAAGGGCGGUCGCAGCAGCCCCGAGGGCCGCGGGCGCCGCUCCCCCAUCCUGCUCACCAAGGGCCUCUUCCCUGAGCCGAGUAGGACCGACCUGAGCGACGGAGCCCCUUCGCCCGUCUCCUCGCUGCCUUCGCCCGUGUCCGACCACCGCCGCGAGCCCAUGAACAUCUACAAUCUGGUGGCCAUCAUCAGAGACCAGAUCAAGCACCUGCAGCUGGCUGUGGACCGCACCACGGAGCUGUCGCGCCAAAGGGUGGCCUCUCUGGAGCUCGGCACCGUGGCCGACAAGGACAAGGAAGCCUGCAUGGAGGAGAUCCUCAAACUGAAAUCCCUGCUCAGCACCAAGAGGGAGCAGAUUGCAACCCUGAGGACCGUCCUCAAGGCCAACAAGCAGACAGCUGAAGUCGCUCUGGCCAAUCUGAAGAGCAAGUAUGAGAACGAGAAGGCCAUGGUGACCGAGACCAUGAUGAAACUGAGGAAUGAGCUCAAAGCCCUGAAAGAGGACGCCGCCACCUUCUCUUCUCUCCGAGCCAUGUUCGCCACACGUUGUGACGAGUACGUCACUCAGCUGGAUGAGAUGCAGAGGCAGCUGGCUGCAGCAGAGGAUGAGAAGAAGACCCUCAACUCCCUGCUGCGCAUGGCGAUCCAGCAGAAACUGGCCCUGACUCAGCGUCUGGAAGACCUGGAGUUCGACCACGAGCAGACCCGCAGGGGGGGCAGCACCGGCCGGGCUAAGGCCCGCAGCAAGGCCACCAGCAGCAGCACCAACAACCCCCACGUAAGUCAGAGUCUCACCUGCUCUGGCUCAGGCCGCCCGGAGCUCAACAAUGCCAUGCCCAAUGGCAUUCUUGGAGGUCCUCCGGUGUUUUGCAGUGAGAAGUACAAGAUCUACUGUGACUGAGGCGGCUGAAAAGCCCACAAGGGACUGCUGUGUACAGAGGGGAGGGGGCCACCAGGCCCAACCCUCCCUGCCUUAGUGUUAAAGAGCCCCACUUGCUCGCUUAGCUCCCUGGUCAGCCUGCGCUCCUCUAGGGCCUGCUGUGUUACUAACCGGCUGCUCGUGUGUGCUAGUGUAAACGCUUCGGGGAAUGCAGAUGUAUGUACAGUGUGCCCUAGACGUUUGGACUGUAGUAGACAUAUAUGGCAUGUGGAUUAUAGGGCCCCGGUUAUAUUGGGGGUUUCGUGGGUAUAAUGGAGUGUCUAUUCUUUCCGCUGUCAUGGUGCUGUACGUAUAAUGUAAAAGGUGGCAGCUUUUGUGCUUGUUUGUUCUGCCCCCCUGAGUGUAUUGCCUGGUGGCAGUAACACAUGGUGGGGGUGGGAACUUGUAAAGAAGAUGUCGAUCUGACGGUCUGGUGUCUGUCGGCAUCGGUGCUCCUUUAAUAAAAGCCCUCUUCUCUCUCCUGCCUCUCCGUCCUGGACCCCCCAGGACUGACUGACGUGUGUCCAGCAGCCCACUGUCUAAUCAGGUCACUCUUUAAGGAAAAAGGAACUUUGAAGAGAAAGGAACUAAAAUAUGCAAUCUCCCUCUGCGUUCUUGCUAAGGGAGCACAGUAUGAUUCUACGCAGAAAUUCAAAAACUCCUAAGUGGGUUGGCUCCUGGUUUUAUGAUGGCAUUGUUUGGGCAGAAAAGGAGCACCUGUGACCACAGGUGUUUAUUUCAGGAUCAUUUUAAAGCUGUGAUGCUAGCACACCAAUACAAUAGGGUCAAUAGAAUCGCAUGGCUUUGCAGCUGAAAACGCUUAUAAGCUUUUAACUGUUUUUCUGUUGUCAGGUGUGUGGUACAAGACAAACAUGUACUACAGGGCUCUACAUUAUAAAAAGAGGAGUUAUUUGGUGUCUGGUACAGGAGGGCUAUUCCAUGUGACCCAUUAUGUUGCGAUGGAUUCUUUCAGAGCCAUAUUAUAAGAGAAAGAACGUUUGACAAAUCGAUUUCCACACCCAAAUUAAGUGCACUUCAGCAUAGGUGCCUCAGGUUCCUACAUCAGUUGAAAUGGAUAUAAUGAUUACUGUGAACAGAGAUACAAUAUAGUUUUGAUCAAAGAAGAUUUUUUAAAUACGGAGUAAAAUCCCGGAAGAGCACAAAUCAAAAAGGCACCCACAUGUGCACAAUAAAUCUGCAAACGAAACCAACCGACCACUCGGCAAAAGUGCCUGUCGAACCCAAACACCUUGAUAUAUUUAUCUACCUGUUGAUGUAAAGCCCUGUCCUUGUGUCUCAACUUGAGCGAACACUGUUCACACUUUUCCUUCUCUCCCCCCAUCCUCUCUCCCCCCAUCGCUCUAGUGUUGGGAGAUCUCCCAGAACUCUCCGAUAAUGUGUGGUUACGUGGCUAAAAAGCCCUUUCCUCAUGUCUCUAAUCUGUGUCUUGUCGCUCGGUCGCCAUGACGACCUUCUCUCUUUUAGAUUGUCAGCAGCUUGCCCCCCCCCCCCAGCAUCACCACUCACCCUUUAACUAGAACGAGGAACUGUGGGGAAAGUUGCCCUCUGAAUAUUUCUGUCAGGUAACGUCCUCACACGCUUUGUGUCCCUGAUAUCUGCCUGUGUGUAUAUCAGCGUUUACGUGAAGGACCCUCAUGUGAUUAUUAUGUUGUUAACCUUUUGCAAAUGGAGGGUCACUCAUUUUUUGUUAUUUUAUUUUCUGGUGUGUGAGGACGGAGCGACGUACUGUUUUUGUAUCCCCAAUAGCUUUAACCCUUUGCAAGCUAGCAUAACGCAAAUAGGAAAAAAAUAUAAGUGGGGCUUGUGUUUAUUAAAUCCAUGUACUGCUUGUGGAUCAUAGACACAUUAGCUUUAUGAUGCUAGAAGCAGGGUUGAUGUGAGGAAAUCCUGCAAGAUUGAUCAAAUUGUGCGUUUUCUACUACCACUAUGCUAUAUAUUAAAAUCUAUAUUCUUAAUAUGAUCGAGUUCAGGUUAUAAUCUUGCAGGAUCCUACUACAGUAUUCCUUCCUCUCGCGUAUGAAGAGAGGGAGCUUCAUUGUUCCUCUGGAAAUGGAACAAUGUCAGCGGUCAACCCUGCUUGCGUGUGCAUCCAUAAGCCACAGCACACAGCAUGGAGACGAGGCUAUCGUACGCACCUCCGUAGAGGCUCAAUCACUCUUAAGUUCGAGAUUCACUCACAAGUGUGAUAUAUUCUUUCUAUCAGUUUGCGCUGACGGAGAAAAAGGUCCGGGGAGUAGAGGAGGGAGCUGUAAACCAGCUCCUGAGAGAGGAGAUAAGAAAGCCAAACACGCUGGUGAAGAAAGCCAGAUGUCUGGCUGAGAGCUGACUCUCACACUGAGGAGAAACGAGUUUCCUGAGGGAGAAACUCCUGAUUUUUUUGGAGGAAAAAUAAAGAAACUGAAGACUGGUUGCUCAAUCAACCAGAGGACAUUGAUUCAAAUUAGUUGAGCCUCUAACCCGUCCCCUUGUAUAGGCUCUGUGGGAACACGGAGCAGUAGAUAGACCCCAGGAUGUGAUUGUGACUAGAAGCCCCUCUCCUUAUAUAAAUAUAGAUGAAUUCCCACUUUGCUCUGUCUAGUUUGAAAUCAAUGUCUGGCUUAUCUGGUGUCAUAACAGCAUGCCACCGAAAAAGCUCCUCCUACCUCUGCUUGCAGGCUCCGCCCAUGUCACCUUUAAGUUUUUCCACAUGAUGCAUCCAGUUUCUGAUUCAUAGUAAGCCUGCAUGUCAACAACAUAACCCAUUUUUUUUUAUUAACUUGCAUGGUAUAUGAGAAAGACACAUUCCCUUUGACCUGGGUGGUGGGAUACGGCUUCAACUCUGAAUCACAUGACCUGUGAGUCAUUGGCUUCCUAACUGCACCGCAGGAGAAAAGCAAAGGGCUUCCGUUGCUUUUCACUAACUCUGCUUGGUCUGUGUGGACUCAGCCGCCAUGUUAACAGCUGCUCUAAAUUGACAAAUAAUGCUAACGCUGAUCAUCUGUUUGUGUCUUCACUUUGCAGUAAUUACAGUAGUUCUGCGUGGAUGACGAAGCACCAACACAAGGUCCAUUCUCACUGCUGAUUGAGUUCGCCGAAAAGAGUUAGCAAUAAUAGUUUAGCCAUUUGGACAACACAACAAACAAAAAAAAACUAAAAGAAAACACUGAUUUCCAGUCGAAUGUAUUCUCUUACUUCCUUUUUUACUGCUUUUAAAAUGUGAUGGCUUUUAGAAUUAGAAACACUUCUGCGUGCUGCUGCUGAUGGAAGCCCAAUUUCUCACAGGUCCAAUGAACUUGAUUCUGAAAUUCUGACUUUCAGAGUUUUUUAUUGGCUAAUCUAACCCUCCAAUGAGAAGCCAGGGGACAUGGGGUUGUUUCUCAAUGUAAAUCAACAAGCUGUUUGGUCUGGUUUCAUCUUUUUAUUUUUGUUUUAUUUUAUUUUACUGUUUUUUUUUUUUUUAAUCUGUGCACUUUCAUUAUAUAGGAUUAUAACAGACUAUUAUUAACCUAGAGGAAAACAUGGUAGUACUAUGGUUUGUGAGUUAUGAGACUAUAGGAUUAUACGUCCUCCUGAAUCAACUGAACUUAAAUAACAUAAAAACUAUUUACUCGAGUAAAAGCUCCACAAACCACAGACCCACUAUUAUGACUCCAUCCUCAAGAUUUUAUCCAUCAAAUAAUCAUUUUUAAUUUGUUUUGUUACAUCAUAUGUUAUGCUGUUGGUUUUCUUUUGUGUUUGUUCUACUGCCAUGUUCUAUACAAAAAAUCCAGGGUGAUCAAAUUCUGGGGUUUUUUCAUGUAUUUAUUAUUCCUAGGAAUAGUUCAAAAUAACACGAUGAAACUUGACAACGCUCUGACUCAAAGAGGUAAGUUGUGUUUUGGGAAAAAUUUGAGUGAGUAUGAUUGAUAUAUGCUUUUCCUGACUUCUUACCGAGGGCGUUCCACUGAAACGGGAUCACUGACUUUCAGAAUUCUCUGCAAGUGCAACAAUUAAAUUCCAAAUUGGAAUUGUUUCAUUCUCUCUUCGUUUAUCGUGCCAAAUCUUGGCGCACCGUUUAGGUUGAAAAGAAUCUGAAAGAAGACAAACCGUCAGUGAGAAAGACGUAGCCGGGGCCAUGGCGCUCCACGCCAGCGCCGGGGUUUUGUUUUUUGGUUGGUAUUCUUUGUUUCUGACCAGUAGUGCCUUUCAUUGUUUCAAGGGAGAAUCUUAGACUAGUAUUUUAUGUUUACUUUUUUUUAUAGGUGAGGACUUUGGGUUCAAAAUGACUGUGAGCAGCAAUAAGUGCAAAGGGGAUUUUCCCCCGUCUGCAUGAGUGAGAUGAUAGUUUUGAAAUUAGCUCAAUAAAACUGAAAUUGUAUUGAAUUCUGCAGGUCAGUGAUUCCACUCAAUAAAUUCAGGGGUAUUACGAAAAAGGUUGUUUUUUAUCAAUUUUUGGGAACCAAAUGAGAAAUCCCUUUGGCCUCCUGUUAUUGAACAAAAUGCUCUGAGCAUCUGUAUUGUGUUGGAGUAGAUUGGUGUACUAUUGGAAACAUCUACGCAUUUCUAGCUUUGUUUGGUGAAGGUAAUGUGAUAUCAAUAGUA